GCGGAUAUCGACUGUGCCGCUUAUAGCGCGCGCUGGACUUUCGGCCAAGAAAGGUCGAGGGUUCGAGUCCUGCUUCCCUGCCUGUUUCAUUACACUGGUGUCAGAAGUGGGAUCGGACCCUUGCAGCCACGACAGUGCGCGUGCUUGGCCGGUGAGAGUGUGUGUGUGUGCGCGCGCGCGCGCGUUCCUGUAAAAAGACGUAGGGUUCGCAAGCCAGCGCGAGGACGCGCUCUAUGAAAAAGGAGGGAUGAGUGUAACGACCCCUGGGGUUUAAUUAAUAAGGGCCAGAAGGUCGACGGUUCGAGACCUGCAUCAUUACAAUACGAACGAUGUCUAAGCCCCAGAAUGGUGAGCCAGGCAGCCCAGCAGGAGCCCCAGCAGCAGAUGAUCCAGAGGUGAUGUUCCAGGUGCCUGGUCCAACCGUCUCCUUCUCCAGACUACACUACUCUGUCAUGGAGAGCAAUGGACUCUGCCACAAGACAGGACCUGAGAAACACAUCCUCAAAGACGUCAGCGGCAUCAUGAGACCAGGGAUGAACGCCAUCAUGGGGCCAACAGGGAGUGGAAAAACAUCUCUCCUGGAUGUGAUAGCAGGUCGUAAGGACCCAGCAGGGUUGAAGUUUGGUCAGGUUCUGAUCGAUGGGAAGAUGGUGGACUCUGACCUCCGACUCAUAUCUGCCUACGUGGUGCAGGAUGAUAUAUUGAUGGGAACCCUGUCAGUGAGAGAGAACUUGUUGUUCAGUGUGAACCUGAGACUAGACCCUAGACAUUAUUCUACAACUGACAAACAGCAGAGAGUGGACAGCAUCAUAGAUGACCUGGGUCUACAGGACUGUGCCCACACCAAGAUAGGAACAGAGUUCCUGCGUGGUGUGUCUGGGGGAGAGAGGAAGAGGUGCAGCAUCGGUAUGGAGCUCAUUACUUCUCCUCGUCUUCUGUUCCUGGAUGAACCCACCACUGGCCUGGACUCGAACACUGCUAACCACAUCAUCAACCUACUGCAUAGGCUGUCUAGAAGCGGUAAGACUAUCGUGUUCUCCAUCCAUCAGCCUCGUUACUCAAUCUUCAGCCGCUUUGACCACCUGACCCUGAUGCACCGAGGAGAGUUGGUGUACGCUGGAGCUGCUGGGAAGGCCCUGAGCUACUUCACUGACUUGGGGUAUCACUGUGAGCCGUUCAACAACCCCUCUGACUUCUUCCUAGACGUCACUAACGGAGAGGCUCAGUCUACACUAGACAUCACUUCAUUUAACUAUG